AUGAUAGCAAAAGUAAAACCCCAGUCGGAUCGGACGGCCUAUGCUGCUAAAGAAGUAAUCAUCACCGCUGGUGCGCUGCACUCUCCGCAGAUUCUCAUGUGUUCUGGCAUCGGUCCAUGCUCUGAUAUAGAGGCUGCCAACUUGAGAUGCUGGGUGGAUCGGCCAGGUGUCGGUCAGAACCUGCAAGACCAUCCGCGGCCCACCGCCAUGGAGUUCAAGUGUCCCUUGUGCGACGUGGACUGGAACACUCGAAAGCGGGAUCUGAAUGAAUACGAUCUGUUACAUUUAGGCGCCCUGACCGAGGCCGCCAUUUUGCAACUGACGGCCUUUGUCAAUACUGGCAUCGAGGGGGCUGGCCUGCCCGAGAAGUGCCCCGAUCUGCAGAUCAUACUGCUCGGUGCCACGGGAAAACAAGGGUGGCGAGCGGGAACCUUCGUUACUAAACAAAGAACCUACGUUAAUAUACAGAGAACCUUCGUAUUUAUACGUCUGGAAUAA